CGGAGAAAUUUUUGUCUUUGUUGAUAGUAAAACACUCGCACAUAUUCCUCAAGUUGUAUCAUUGUGCAUCUAUCCAUACCCAAUGUUUAUCACCAAGUCAUCCGUCUGCGCAAGUUUCCUUUCCUUCACUGUUUUGACGCUAGUAAGGGCGACCCCUUUCCCAAGUGACACAUCAGGUAUCCCUUCCAACGGUCCGUUUCUUGCAACUCGUGGACUAAGCUCUGCGCUCAUCAGCGGCAGCUCCUAUGGGCCGCUUCACAAGAGAGAAUCGCACGUUAGACGAGCACUGCCCGCGAACAUGGGCAAGGAGAUUCAGAACCUCAAGAACAAUAUGACAGAUCAGUCAAACAGAUUAUCAGUUCUUCAUAAUAUGGCAUUGCCCAAGAGCUUGAAGAAAUCCCAAGCCAAGGAUGUUAAUCAGAAAAUUGAAGACAUCUUGACUAUCGGUAACUACAUGAAGGAUUUUUGUAAAGCAAUUGUUGCUGCAUUUCCAAAUAAUGUUGAAGCCAAUAAUGCUAUGAAUGAUAUUGAGAACAAGGGAAAAACUUUUGGCCGAGCUCUCACUGACUCAAAACGACCGGUUGGAGGGGAUGGGAGGCAAUUGCCAGGUAACAUUGAGAUUGCUCAAGCUGCUCUGGUUCCUGUUCAAAAUGCACGCAACAUCUUGAUAAGGAUUGCUUCUCAAUGAAAGGAUCAGUCUGUUCAAACCAAAUUCUCAAUUUGUAAAAAAAUUC